AUGGCUGUACUAUGCCCUUCCAUCCUGCCCCGAUCAGAAGAUGCUCGCACCAUUGCUUCCGAUGAAGAAGCUAGCCUGCGUUUGGCUCUGGUUGUCGCGGGCACAGUCGGUGGCAUACUUAUUUUCUUCACUCUUUUGACCUGCUACGUCUACGUGCGGCGAGGCCGUGUGCCCAUGGCACGCCGGAUUCCUGGCUCCAGGAGCACCAGCAAGUCCACUGCGCUGCUUACUUCGGCUUCAAACCUCUUGGGGCGAGCCCCGCUGUGCCGGAGACUGUCGAGCCAGGAUACAUCGUCGAAAAAGAAGGAAGAUACUGGCUUAACGAAGCCAUCGCCCAGUGAAAUCGCCCCUGCCGUAUCCCACACAUCUGGAAAUACGGACAGCAGCUUUAUCCAGCCACAUUGCAGACCUCUACAGAUUCGCAAGGGCUCCCUGGGGCCCAUGCCAUACGACUUUCCUCGGCCGCCUCCUCUCUCGUGUCAUACUAUGGAGUCAGAGACACAGAGCACGCUUUCGAAUCAAGUUGAUGAUUCGAUACAUGCUAUCCAAAGGCAGAUCUGUGAUCCUACCGACUGCUGCUUCGACAUCAUCGAUCCCCCGUGCUCUUCGCCGCUACCCCCCGCAACUUGCUGCGGAGAGUCAGGCUUUCCGUCAAUAGAGUUAUUUCACCAAGUUUCUGGUUCAACAUUGAGGGAGAGCCUAGACCGACGGUCGCUCCAAAGCGACCCUGUGAUCUUUUUUGAGGAGGAUCUCGAUCGAAUCAGCACGCCAUCACCGAGCCCAUCCCUCGAUCCUCUUCAAGAAUUUGCAUCCGAACAUUCAGAGCCGUCGUCCCGACCCACUAAACAAGUCUCGCGGCAUGCCCACACCCGAAGCUGCAGCAGCACUGUUAUCGUGCUUCCUGGCAGAAGUCCUAGGGCUAGCAUCUCCUCUUUACCUCCGCUCCAUGCCACAGCCUCUGUCAUAUCCAGUUGGAGAAAGACCCGUGAUCCGGAAGUCGGGAUAGCCCCCAAUCAGAGAGAAGACGUAUCUAGUCUUUUUCAAUUUAUCGCCAAUCUAAACGUAGACGAUGAAGUCUAUGAUGAGGAAAGUUCAAUGGAAACUUACAAUAACGACCACGUACCGGGUUGA